AUGACAGGGAUGAUGGGUGUGACUGGGAUGGCUGGGAUGACUGGGAAGACUAGGAUUACUGGGAUGACUAGAAAGACUGAGUUGACUGGGAUAACUGGGGUGACAGGGAUGACAGGAGUGACUUGGAUGAUAAGGAUGACUUAGGUAGGAGACUGUGAUGACUGUGAUGACAAGGAUAACUAGAAAAAACUGGGAUGAAUAGGAUGAUGAGAUAACUAAGAUGACAAGCAUACCUGGUAUGACUGGGAUGAAUAGGAUGACUAGGAUAGCUGGAUUGACUGAAAUGAUUCGAAUGCCGGGAAUGACUGGAAUGACUAGGAUGACAAAGAUAAAGGGAAUGACUGGGAUGAGUGGCAUCAUCAGGGUGACUAAGAUGACUAGGAUGAACGGAAUGGGUGGGAUACUGGGAUGACUUGGAUAUCAAGGGUCACUGGGAUAACUGAGAGAACCAGGAUGACUGAGAAGACUGGUAUGACUAGAAUAACUAUGAUGGGAGGAUGACUGGGAUGACAGGGGUCACUGGGAUGAUUUGGAUGACCAGGAUGACUUGCAUAAUUAGGAUGAAUAGGAUGAUUAUUAAUGAGAUCUCUUGGAUGACUGGGAUGACUUAGAUGACUGAGAUAACUUGCAUGAUUAGGAUGACUAGGAUGAUUAUUAAUGAGAUGACUUGGAUGGCUGGGAUGACUAGGAUGAAUUGGAUGACUGGGAUGACAAGCCUGAUUAGGAUGAAUAGGAUGACUAUUAGAGAGAUGACUUGGAUGGCUGGGAUGACUGGGAUGAUCUGGAUGACUGCAAUGACUAGAAGGAUUAAGAUUAUUGAGAUGACUAGGAGGACUGGGUUGAACAGGAUGACUGGGGUCUCGGGAAGGGGGAGAGUGGGGUGUGGGCUGACACAGAUGGCUGGGAUGGCUAAGGUGACUGGGAUGAUUAAGAUGACUUAGGUGACUGGGACGACUGGGAUAAUCAUGAUGACUGGGAUAACUGUGAUGACAGGGAUAACUAGAAACACUGUGAUGACUAGGAUGAUUGGGAUGACUAGUAUACUAGGACUUGGAUGACUGGGAUGACUUGGAUGACUAGGGUAACUGUGAUAACUGAGAUAACCAGGAUGACUGGGAUGACCAAUGCUGCUGGGAUAACUAGAAUAACUAGGAUAACAGGGGUGACUGGGAUGAAAAGGAUAGGUAGAAUAACUGAGAUGACUAGGGUGACCUGGAUGAUUGGGAUAAGUGGGAUUACUAGGAUGGCUGGAAUGACUGUCAUGACCAGGAUGGCUAGGAUGACUAGUAUUACUGGGAUGACGAGAAUACCUGGGAUGAAUAUGUUGACAGGGGUGACUGAAAUGAUUCGGAUGCCUGAAAUGACUAGGAUGACAAGAAUAAAGGGAAUGACUAGGAUGAAUGGAAUGAGUGGCAUACUAGGAUGACUUGGAUGACUAGGGUUACUGGGAUAACUGAGAUAACAAGGAUGACUGGGAUGACUGGUAUGACUAGAAUGUUAUGAUGAGAACAUGACUGUGAUGACAGGGGUCACUGAGAUGAUUUGGAUGACCUGAAUGAUUAGGAUGAAUAGGAUGACUAUUAAUGAGAUGACUUGAAUGGCUGGGAUGACUGGGAUGACUUGCAUGAUUAGGAUGAAUAGGAUGACUAUUAGAGAAAUGAAUUGGACGGCUGGGAUGAUUGGGAUGAUUGGGAUGACUUACAUGAUUAGGAUGAAUAGGAUGACUAUUAGUGAAAUGAAUUGGAUGGCUGGGAUGAUUGGGAUGACUGGGAUGACUUGCUUGAUUAAGAUGAAUAGGAUGACUAUUGAUUAGAUUAGUUGGAUGGCUGGGAUGACUAGGAUGACUGGGAUGACUGGGAUUCUUUGGAUGACUGGAAUUACUUCCAUGAUUAGGGUGACUAUUAAUGAGAUGACUUGGAUGGUUGGGAUGGUUGGGAUGACUGGCAUGACUAGGACAACUAGCAUGACUAACAUGAAUAGGCUGACUUGAUUUACUGUGAUAACAGGGGUGACAGGGAUGAUUGUGAUAAAGGGGAAAAGUAUAAUAACUGGGGUGACUAGGAUGUAUGGGGUGAUGAGAUAAUUGAGAUAACUAUGGUGACUGUGAUAACUGUGAUGACAGGGAUAUCUAGGAUGACAGGGAUGACUAGGGUUACUGGGAUGUCUAGGAGGACUGGGUUAACUAGGUAACUGGGGUGACAGGGAUGACAGGAGUGACUUGGAUGAUUAGGAUGACUUAGCUAGGUGACUGGGAUGACUGUGAUGACAAGGAUAACUAGAAAAACUGUGAUGAUGAGAUAACUGAGAUGACAAGGGUGUCUGGUAUGACUGGGGUGAAUAGGAUAGAUAGGAUGACUACCGUGUUGCACAAAAUUUUUGCAGGUUCUAAUUUUUGUGUUUUUUGUAAUUUUUCCAACGAUCAGCAAAAAUAAGUUGUCGCAAAUAAAAAUUACUGCAAACAUUUUUCCCGCAAAAAUUUACUUCAGAGUAAAUAUUAUCUAACUUAAAUUCGCUACACAAAAAUACAGUACUAAGAAAUCAUGCCUGUUCAAUUACAACUUGCCUCUUUCAUUCAGAUACAAAACGGUAUACAAUGAAUUACUGGUUUUACAUAGGGUCUGCAUACCAUAGUAUUGUUUGAAAAUAAUUAUGUAUUUCUAUUGCAUGUACUUAACAAAAAUGCAAAUAUUAUCAAUGCUGGGUACUGGGUACUUUCUGAAAAUCGCAAUGUCCUUAUCACAAAAAUUAGUUCCCACAAAACACAAAAGAUCACCAAUCCACAAAAAUAAACUCCCGCAAAAAUUUUGUGCCACACGACAGGAUGACUGAGAUCACACAGGUUACUAAGAUGACUAGAAUGAAUGGAAUGAUUGGGUUACUAGGAUGACUUGGAUGACUGGGGUUACUAUGAUGAGAGGAUGACUGGGAUAACAGGGAUCACUGGGAUGACUGGAAUAACAUGGAUGACCACAAUGACUCGCAGGAUAAGGAUAAAUAGGAUGACUAUUAAUGAAAUGACUUAGAUGGCUGGGAUGACUAGGGUUACUAUGAUGAGAGGAUGACUGGGAUGACAGGGGUCACUGGGAUGACUGGAAUAACAUGGAUGACCGCAAUGACUCGCAGGAUAAGGAUAAAUAG